CCAUCCCCAUCACCACCACCUCCUUACUAUUACAAGUCUCCUCCACCUCCAUUGAAAUCACCACCACCUCCUUACUAUUACAAGUCUCCUCCACCUCCAUUGAAAUCACCACCACCUCCUUACUAUUACAGGUCCCCUCCACCUCCAUUGAAAUCUCCUCCUCCGCCAUAUUAUUAUAAAUCUCCACCACCACCAUCUCCAUCACCACCUCCCCCAUAUGUUUACAAAUCUCCUCCUCCACCGUCCCCAUCACCACCACCUCCUUACUAUUACAAGUCCCCUCCACCUCCAUUGAAAUCUCCCCCUCCCCCAUAUUAUUAUAAAUCUCCACCACCGCCAUCUCCAUCACCACCUCCUCCAUAUAUUUACAAAUCUCCACCUCCACCAUCUCCAUCACCUCCCCCGCCUUAUUAUUAUAAGUCACCUCCACCCCCGUUUUCGUCACCACCACCUCCUUAUUACUACAAGUCACCUCCUCCACCGUAUUAAAUCCAAACAUCAACAACACUAUAGUGCAACUCGUCCCCACUUCCAAAAGUACCAAGGGAUGACAUUUCUAUUAUAUUAAAUUGCAUGAAUAACGUUAGCCAACUUCUAAUGCAUACGGUGAAGUUGAAGCCGAUCGAUUUCUUCAAAGAUGUGAUCGUCACUCGAGCUCUCGCUAGUAAAUCAUUCGGAAAGAGUGGUCGUAUUAUUUUUUGGCAUCCAAGAUCCAGAUGCUAAAGAUUUGAAUUCUAUCAAUUGUUGUAUUUGAUUUUACAUUAUACUCUGCAAUGCAAAUUUAUUGUUUCUAGUUUGGCAUUGCGGUUAAUCACAAUUUCGUCUAAAUUUAUGCAUUUUGAAAUCUAAUUUAUGAUGAUGAGAUUGUAUACUUCCAAA